AAAAGUAAAAGGCCGCUUCUUCCUCUGACCAGCUGCUGUUGUAUUGUACCACCCAAAACCAAUCCAUGAGGCCGAUCAGGCUUCCGGAACCUCCCAGCCCCACCAUGGGCGUGCCGGAGAUCUUCGAGAGUGGCGCCAAUAGCGUCAUAAGGCGCGCCGUCGUUAUUGGCAACGGCUUUCCUGGUUCUGAGAACCAGAGCAUCGGCUUGAUUCGCGCUCUCGGCCUCUCUGAUAACCUCUCCUUUUACCGAGUUACGAGACCAAGAGGUGGAAUCAAUGAGUGGCUCCACUGGCUUCCGGUUUCUCUUCACAAGAAGUUAGAUUAUGUUCUGAGGCAAUUAUAUAAUUACUGGCGGCUUCUCGUAGCUGCUCGAGGGAAGAAAUUAGCUGCUUUACCUUCGGAAAAUGGUGUUAGUGUGGGUUUAUCAACGAUUUUAGAAGCUGAUGUGAAGCAGAUAGUGAACAUGGCUCGUGAGACUUAUGAAAAGGAUGGCCCUUUGUUGGUCGUUGCAUCUGGCAGAGAUACUAUUUCCAUUGCAAGCUCUGUAAAACGUUUAGCAUCUGAAAAUGUUUUUGUUGUUCAGAUACAACAUCCAAGGUCAAAUUUGAAUAGGUUUGACCUGGUGAUCACUCCACGUCAUGAUUAUUAUCCUUUGACUCCUCAAGCACAAGAGCAGGUUCCUCGGUUUCUCCGGAAGUGGAUAACGCCAUGUGAACCUCCUGAUGGGCAUGUGGUUUUGACCAUGGGAGCUUUGCAUCAAAUUGAUUUUGGUGCGCUUCGUGUUGCAGCUAGCAUGUGGCAUGAUGAGUUUGCGCCUCUGCCAAAGCCUUUACUGGUGGUUAAUAUCGGGGGACCUACAAGCUGCUGUCGCUAUGGGACUGACCUUGCAAAGCAGUUAACUUCCAAUCUGCUUAGUGUGCUCGAUAGCUGUGGGAGUGUCAGAAUAUCUUUCUCAAAUAGGACACCUGCAAAGGUUUCAAACAUAGUAAUCAAAAAGAUUGGAAAUAAUCCAAAAGUUUACAUCUGGAAUGGUGAAGAACCAAAUCCGCAUGUGGGACAUUUAGCUUGGGCAGAUGCAUUUGUCAUUACAGCAGAUUCAGUCAGUAUGAUAAGUGAGGCAUGCAGCACUGGGAAACCUGUCUAUAUCAUGGGAUCUGAGCGUUGUACAUGGAAGCUGUCUGACUUUCAUAAAUCUUUGAGGGAGCAGGGUGUGGUUCGGCCAUUUGCAGGUUCUGAGGAUAUUUCAGAGAGCUGGAGCUACCCUCCCCUUAAUGACACUGCAGAAGCUGCUCGUCGGGUGCACAAGGCACUUGCUGAACGUGGAUUAAGACUGCGGCCAUAGACUAUGUUUAUAGUUGUCGUAAGCAUAUUCUUGUAUUGUGCUUCAAAGGGGAACCACCCCCGUUAGGUUUGUUCGAUAGCACACACAGGGAGCAACAGCAAGCUUCAUAGAUUUUAAAGUAAUUCUUUCCCCUAUAGACGUUUUGGCCAAAUGAAAUAUGUAAAAAAUAAAGGGUAGCUCUAAUAGUGCGGCUUGUAUUAUAAGAAGAGUAGCAGGCCUUUUUUUUUUUUUUUUGAACAACCUCCAGUCUACUGAAAAGUCUUUCUAAUGGGCACACAUUUUCUGUUCUGAAAAUAAGUUUUUGUAAUUAAACUGGUAUACUUGAUUGUGAUUGAUUUACACACAAGGAAAGAAAGUGCAAUGAAAUGAAAAUUUAAUUGUGAUUUGAUGCUAA